AUGCUAACCUUAACACAAAGGGAAGCCUUGCCCUUGGCGCUGGACGCCUCUAUCUCCAGCACAGCCACUCCUGGCCCCCGGCGGCCUCACGCGCUGGGCAGCGUGAGUCACGGAGCCCCGCCUGCUCAGUUUCUCUGCCAGAUGGGAGCCGGGGGCCCGGCACACACGCUGGGGGGCCGAGACCAAGUCUUCUCCCGAAGAGCGAGCCAAGUCGUCUGGGUGUUCGAGUUGCUUCACCCGAGAGUGGUCCCCGAGUGCCACCCUUGCCCAGCCUGCAGCCCAGCAGACAUCUCCAGUGUCGUUCUCGAAACACAGCGUCUCACGCAGCUCAGCGCCCUCCGCGCGCCUGCACCCCUCAUGGACCAGCAUCACCAGCGCAGGUGCCGGUGCCGGGACCCCGAGUGCCCCCAGCGGCUCUCCACACGCGGCCCCUCCCCUGUCUCCGUCAGCGCGGCUUCGGCUCCAGCGGCCCCGUCCUCCUGGGGUGACCCUGACAGCUUCCCAGCCUUGCUGUCUGCUGGCAGACCUGCCCGCAGCCAGCCCCGUUCCUGCACCACGGGGAACUCAAGUCUGUGUCCGCCUCGGAGUCCCGGUGGCCCGCAGAGUCUGGUGGUCUGA